AUGCCUGGUGGUGCUACUCCCACCCUCCACGCCACGGCGGACGUGAACCGCGUGGAGGCUCCCGUCACCUGGAAGACCUACCUCAUGUGCGUCUUCGCCGCCUGUGGUGGUCUCUUCUUCGGUUAUGACUCGGGUUACAUUUCCGGUGUCAACGCCAUGGAAUACUUCAUUCACGUCAUCGACGGCCCCGAUGCCACCGCCCUCACCACAUGGAAGAAGUCUCUGAUCGUCUCUAUUCUCUCUGCCGGUACCUUCUUCGGUGCCAUCAUCGCCGGUGACAUUGCCGAGUGGAUCGGCCGCAAGUGGACUAUCAUCUCUGGCUGCCUCAUCUUCCUCGUCGGUGUCGUCCUGCAGGUCGCUUCUCACGGUCUUGGCCUCAUGGUUGCCGGUCGUCUCAUUGCCGGUUUCGGUGUCGGUUUCGUCUCUGCUGUCCUCAUUCUGUACAUGUCCGAGAUCUCCCCUCGCAAGGUCCGUGGUACCAUUGUCUCCGGAUACCAAUUCUGUGUGACCAUCGGUCUCCUCCUCGCCUCGGCCAUUGACUACGCCACCUCCGAGCGCAACGACAGCGGUUCUUACCGUAUCCCCAUUGCCAUUCAGAUCCUCUGGUCCCUGAUCCUCGGUGGCGGUCUGCUCUUCCUCCCCGACUCUCCCCGCUACUUCGUCAAGAAGGGCAAGCUCGAUCUCGCCGCUACCGCCCUGGCCCGCCUCCGUGACCAGCCCGUCGAGUCCGACUUCAUCCAGGAUGAGCUUGCCGAGAUCAUUGCCAACCACGAGUACGAGCUGUCUGUCAUCCCCGAGGGUGGCUACUUUGACUCGUGGUUGAACUGCUUCAAGGGUUCCCUGUUCAAGCAGAGCAGCAACCUGCGCCGCACUAUCCUCGGUACUUCCCUCCAGAUGAUGCAGCAGUGGACCGGUGUCAACUUCAUCUUCUACUUUGGUACCACCUUCUUCGAGUCCCUGGGCACAAUCCAGAACUCCUUCCUGAUCUCGCUCAUCACCAACCUGGUCAACGUCUGCUCGACCCCCGUCUCCUUCUGGACCAUUGAGAAGUUUGGUCGCCGCUCCAUUCUCAUCUGGGGUGCCCUUGGUAUGAUCAUCUGCCAGUUCAUCGUCGCCAUUGUCGGUACCGUCCUCCCCGACAAUGACAAGGCCACCACCUCCAUGAUUGCCUUCAUCUGCAUCUACAUCUUCUUCUUCGCUUCCACAUGGGGUCCUGGUGCCUGGGUCGUCAUUGGGGAGAUUUUCCCUCUUCAGAUCCGCUCCCGCGGUGUCGGUCUGUCCACCGCCUCCAACUGGCUGUGGAACUGCAUCAUUGCCAUCAUCACUCCCUACAUGGUUGAUGAAGACAAGGGCAACCUGGGCGCCAAGGUCUUCUUCGUCUGGGGUUCGCUCUGCACCUGCGCCCUCGUCUACGCCUACUUCCUCAUCCCCGAGACCAAGGGUCUCACCCUCGAGCAGGUCGAUGCCAUGCUCGAGGAGACCAUUCCCCGCACCUCGGCCAAGUGGGUGCCUCACUCGACCUUUGCCGACCAGAUGGGUCUGGCCAACAAGGCCGAGCACGAGCACAUUGAGAAGGAGAGCGUCUAA